UAAUAGCAUAGUUACUCCAAUCCCUAUUAAUAAUAGUACUACUACUGCUUAUACCAAUUAUUAUCGCCAGCACUUUAGUGCUAAUCCUACUGUUACUUCUGGUAUUACUGAUAUUAUUAACACUACUACUAAUAAAACUGGUACUUAUGGUAUUAUCAUUAAUACUGCAACACUUAAGGUUAGUACUGCUAGUAGUACUAGAAGUGGUGUUAAUACCACUGGUGGCAAUACUAAUGCAAAAAUCAAAAAAUCUUAAUUCUACUAAUACUACAACCAGUAACACUACUACUAUCAACCACUAAUGCUGGUACAAAUACUACUAUUACUAAUGCUAAUGCUACCCUAACGCUGAUGAGGCUCUUCCUUUAUUAAAAUGAGGAUAUCGAAAGCAUUUGAAGUAUAAUGUUUGUGCCGACGAGAAGCUUUGGAGGAUAGAACUUCCCUUCUACGUUCCAAUAGUGAAGUUUUUCUGCAAAAAUGUAACAGGAAUGGGGAAAAAUUCAACUCAAGCAGCAAAUAGGUUAUAUUUUUAUUGUCAAUAUCACAAGAUAAGCUUUUUUUCUUGAAAAAAGUCUGGAGCAUUUUUUUUUUUUUUCUUCUAAACGUAAAGAAAAUAGCUUUGGAAGCCGAAUAUAAAAAAUUCAUAUAUUUUAUAAUGUUUUUAAGCGGUUAAUCGGUUAAGUGUUCAACAAUUCGGGUGUAAAUGGGGACACUUAGUGGAGAGGAUUCCUAUCAUCCGUCAAAAAAAAUUCAAAAGGAAUGGAAAAGUUGUUAUAGAGUGGUUUUUGACAGACCGUGGUAAGAACGAGAGAGACGGUAUCCAGCAGGGAAGUGAGAAUUUUAAGCUCCGCUAAACUUUCUAAUUUGUUGCAGAAUAUCCAUCUAUCUAUUUCUGCUUAUAUUUGAACUCUACAUACCGUUCUCGUCAAACGACACAUGUUGAGAAGAAAACAUGUUGAGAGGAAAGGACAAAGUAAUUAAUAAUGGUAACUCUUGCUUCAAAAGUGUCUUCUAGGUCAUUGUUCGACUUGAACUCUUUCUGAAUUUGUAAUUUUUUCAAUUGUUGGGUAACUCAAAUUUACUAAAUUAUACAUGGAACUCCGCUUCAAUUCGCCUUUAUUUCAUUUUGCAGGAGCUGUACUGCAUGAGUGUUUAAUAUUACGCACAACACACACUGGGAGCUUUUUAUUUAGACUUUAAUUUCUCGCAAGACGACGCUUUUCAAAUCUUCUACGAUACAUUUACAUUCUCGAGUAUCUUCUUAAGCGUUGCUUCCAAAUAGUUCUAGCCUCGCUCUAUAAAACGUGCUAAGGCUCAUUGAAUCCUUUCUAUUCCAAGCGAACAAACGUUAAAACCACUCUCUAUAUUUACGCUAAUUUGCCGUAUGGCGGUUCUUGUUUUUCACCUUUUCUACGACAUAUUUUCAUUAUUGUUUCGUUGUCCACGCAACUUGACUUAGUUGUUGCUUGGUGUGCAUCAAAGCUACUUUUUGCUACUAUAUGCGAAAAUAAAAAAAAGAAAACCGAAAAAGAAAAGCGAAAAAGCGAAAUGAAAAUAAUGCUGGAAAGAACGGAGAGAAGAAAGGCAGCGGGCAACUUGGGAAAUGCUAAAUAAUCUGUAACGUUUGCUAUUUAUAACUUUUGCGUUGCGUUGCGUUGCUCUAUGCGGUGCUUAAGAGAACACUGAAAAAUUUGGCAUUCACCAGGCAAGCAGGCGCGCGCGCGAGUCAUCAUGCAAAGUUGUAUGAUAUAAUUGCGUUAAUGUGUGCCUUAAAUUGUCUCCAAUAAAGGAAAAAAAAAAAAAGAAGGAAAAGAAGAAGGAAAAAAGCAGACAGAAUAGCCUAAAGAUAAUGGGCUGGCUCCCAAAAUUAGCAUAACCUUGAAUUUAAUGUCCUCCUGUUAUAUAUUGGUCGGUUGGCUGGUUGGUUAGUUGGUUCAUUGAUUAAGAAUUUAUGUCUAUCGUAAAUGAAUUUAUUGAACCAAAGUAUUUGGCUUGCAGUUCACUGUUCGUUAAGUUAACAGUCAUUCAUAUCGUUUAUGGUUAAUUGUUUAUGGCGAAGAAUACAUUAAAAUUCCAUUGCGAUUAAUAAUUUUGUUUUUGGCAGAGUGCAUUAGAGUGGGCGAAGUUAUUUUGUGAUAUGACUGCUAAAUAUCACAAGAAUGCAUCAAGCGGGCGGAAAAAGUGGUCGCCCCAAAAAUAGUUAUACAGCCGAAGCGCUUGAGACGAUCAAACAAGAUUUAACCAGAUUUCAAGUACAAAAGGACAAUGGAGUACAGAGUUUCACAUCUCUCCGCUAUCCCACAACAGUCAAUGGUCGAUCCGAUGCACCGGAUUAUCAUCAUUCAACCAAAUCACCGAUGGAGCCACCUCCCUCGGCUUCCCCCUCACCCGCCAUACCUACAUCUGUACCACAUAAUGGCCAUGGAGUACCGAAAGUAAUGCCAGCUUCCCAUAUACCACCCAAAUUAAAUCGGAAAGCGAGCAUUGAACGAGAGCUACCUAUUAAUUAUUUACGUUGCAGUCCUGCUUUGGACUCAGGAGCGGGUAGCUCUCGCUCGGACAGUCCACAUUCGCAUCAACAAUUAACAUGUGCAAGUCGAGCUAGUACCGGUCAAUAUUCACCUUCGCCAUCAAAUUAUAGUGAUGUAGCGCCACCGGCACCACCACCACGAAAUCAUACCACAGGAAAUUCCGCUACACCACCCCCUCCACCGCCCUCGAAUCAACUAUAUAAGCGGCGUUCACCGGCUACGACACGACCGGCGGCCAUAACACCAAACCCUACCCGCGGUACGUCACCGGUAAUACCGCAGAAUGGAAUUAAAGCUCAACAGCAAUUGUCGCAACAAAUGAAAGCUUUGAGCUUAUAUCAAAGCAACGGCGGCAGUGGUGUCGAACCACCGCCGCCUUAUCCUCUUCAGACGGUGGUUGUGCCAGCUUCAGUACCGCCCCCAAGCUAUACAGCUUCAAUGCAAUCGCGCCAAUCGCCCACACAAUCUCAGUCAGAUUAUCGUAAGUCGCCUAGCAGCGGUAUAUACUCAGCUACUUCGGCCGGGUCACCGAGUCCCAUCACCGUAACGAAUAGUGCAAUUUUACCGCUUCUGCAACCCACAUCAGUAGCUCGGCCGCAGCCGAGAGUGUAUCCAACACGCACUCAACAACCUAUUAUAAUGCAAAGCGUCAAGUCCACUCAAGUGCAAAAACCUGUAUUGCAAACAGCGGUUGCUCCACAAUCGCCAGUAACUGCUUCAGCUUGUAAUUCGCCGGUUCAUAUACUCUCAGCUCCGCCAUCAUAUCCCCAAAAAUCAGCCGCUGUUGUACAACAACAACAGCAACAGCAGCAGCAACCACCUAUACUCAGCGCUAUAGGCGGCGUUACUAGCACUCACAAUGCGGUAAAUAAACCGACACCACCUACACCUACGACACCGCCGCUCAUUGCGAAUGCUUUGAAUGGUACGGUGAUGAGUAAACCUCCUUGCGUAGAACCGCCAUCGUAUGCUAAGAGCAUGCAGGCUAAAGCUGCUCAGCACCAACAGCAACAACAACAGCAGCAACAACAACAACAACAACAACAGGCUGCUUUACAGCAGCAACAGCAGUUACAAGCGCAACUAAGAGCGGCCGCGGCCUUAGUGGCGGCACAGCAGCCUAAACAACCGAUUGUACUGAGUAGUCGUCAAUUGCCGCCUCCCCCACCAUAUCAAAGUACGCGAGCGGCAGCGGCAGUACCAACAAUAGUGUCGCCCACAGUAAAUGAUAACAAUAACAGCAACAACAAUUUGGAAACUAGAUCAAAUGGUUCAGGAGGCGGAGUAGCUCAAGUAAUAAACCACAACAACAACGCGCCACCUCCAAUACCACCAGCGAAAGUCAACCACAGCAACAGCAAUAAUAGUGGCAACGCUACCUCAAGUAGUGGUGGUGCGGGUAGUGCUGGUGGUGGUAGUGAUCCGCCAGCUACAUCUACCAAUGCGUUAGCUUCGUGCAGUAAGUCCACCGCAAUACCUGAAUACUGUAAGAAGAUUAAACAUGCUUCUCCGAUACCGGAACGCAAGAAAGUUUCAAAGGAGAAAGAAGAAGAACGUAAAGAAUGUCGUAUACGUCAAUACUCACCUCAAGCUUUUAAAUUUUAUAUGGAACAACACAUUGAAAAUGUUCUAAAAUCUUACAAGCAACGAACCUUUCGCAAAAAUCAGCUGGAAAAGGAAAUGCUCAAAAUUGGUUUGUCUACGCAAACUCAAGUCGAAAUGCGUAAAAUGCUCAAUCAAAAGGAAAGCAAUUAUAUACGUCUGAAACGUGCCAAAAUGGACAAAAGUAUGUUCGUGAAAAUUAAACCAAUUGGAGUGGGGGCGUUUGGAGAAGUAACACUGGUGCGGAAAAUAGAUACCACUAAUCAUUUGUAUGCCAUGAAAACGUUGCGCAAGGCAGACGUGCUCAAGCGUAAUCAAGUGGCUCAUGUGAAAGCGGAACGUGAUAUUUUAGCCGAAGCAGACAAUAAUUGGGUCGUCAAAUUGUAUUAUAGCUUUCAAGAUAAGGAUAAUCUGUACUUUGUUAUGGAUUAUAUACCAGGCGGUGAUCUAAUGUCAUUGCUAAUCAAAAAGGGUAUAUUCGAAGAGCCAUUGGCUCGUUUCUAUAUAGCGGAGCUAACUUGCGCCGUGGAAAGUGUACACAAAAUGGGUUUUAUCCAUAGAGAUAUAAAACCUGACAAUAUAUUAAUCGAUCGUGACGGCCAUAUAAAGUUGACAGAUUUCGGUUUAUGUACUGGUUUUCGUUGGACUCACAAUUCAAAAUAUUAUCAAGAAAAUGGUAAUCAUGCUAGACAAGAUUCAAUGGAACCCUGGGAAGAUUACGCUGAAAAUGGCAAAAGACCUACAGUUCUGGAAAGGCGAAGAAUGCGAGACCACCAACGAGUUUUGGCUCAUUCACUUGUAGGCACACCUAACUACAUAGCCCCAGAGGUCCUGGAAAGAAGCGGGUACACGCAAUUAUGUGAUUGGUGGAGUGUUGGUGUUAUACUUUAUGAAAUGCUAGUAGGACAGCCGCCCUUCUUAGCCAAUACGCCCGUAGAAACUCAACAAAAGGUAAUUAAUUGGGAGAAAACCUUACAUAUACCACCGCAGGCGAAAUUAACUCGUGAGGCCACCGAUCUGAUAUUGCGUUUAUGCUCUUCGGCCGACAAACGGCUGGGCAAAAAAGCUGACGAGGUGAAGGCCCAUGAUUUUUUUAAAGGUGUUGAUUUUGCCGACAUGAGAAGGCAAAAAGCGCCGUAUAUUCCAAAGAUUGAACAUCCUACAGACACCUCCAAUUUCGAUCCCAUCGAUCCCGAUAAGCUGCGUUCCGAUUCCAAUAUAAGUGCUGAUGAUUUCAAUGAUAGUGAUAAACCUUUUCAUGGCUUCUUUGAAUUCACUUUUCGUCGUUUCUUCGACGAUAAACUUAAUCCGGAUAUGAUGGACGAUCAGUCACCAGUGUACGUGUAAAUAGCACGAAAUAUAUAGAAGGAAUGGCGGAUUUGGUGUCAAUGCAAAAAUCUUGUUUAGUCAAUUUAACUUAUAAAUAAUUACUAACGUAUGCUAAUUUUUACAAUACCCUACACCACUUGAAGAUGCAGCAUAUACAACGCCUGUAUAGAAAAGGUUUUAACACAAAUUCUAUUCAAAUUGUGUCAAUUUGAAGUAUCUUUUGAAUUAACAUUAUUUGUCUGAAGAAAUAUCCGGACGCGUAUAUCAUAUUGCAUGAUUGCUUUGGCCCUAGUAUUACCAAUACUUUUACAUAAUUAUUUACAUUACUAUUAACAUUAGAGCUAAUAGUAUAAAUGCUGUUUCGUAAAUAUUAUCCCGCAAAUUGUUCACCAACUUUUGCAUUUACGUGAUUCAUUUAAUGACUAAAUGUAUGUUCUUCAUUUUUUCUAUGCAUAACGUUCGUGCUUGGCAGGCGCAAAAGCUAAAGAUAAAUUGCAAUGCAUUUCUAUUGAGGUUCUUUUCAAGUCGCUCUCAUUCAAGUGGGUAAAGCACUCGUAUCAGUCUUCAAUGCCAAUAUUAACAUCAUUCAUUUACAAAUUGUUGAAACUGUAUCCAGCUAUUCAACUUGAAACUGAUAACAAGUUUGAACACAAUCUCGAACACAGAGUACCUUUUGUAAUCUCCCAAUAAAUCCUUUCGAUUUUCCGCGUUAUCGUUCCGCUUCCUUCAAUAUUCUAACUA